AUGUCUCCUCACAUCGACGAAGAAGUACCAUCAUCACCAGAGCCUAGUGCAAUAGCUGUGUCCAAUGCUGCACCAACGCUCGAUGAGAUCGUGCAGUUAACCCGUCACGAACUAACAACAGCGCAGGAAAGCGACUCGAUCAUAGAAUGUGGCCGCGCAGCUUUAUCUUUAUUACGUGCGAACCCUGAUCUCUCCGCAAAGUUCGCAUACCAGAAGUUACACGAUGUUCCAUACAAAGAGGUCAAGACCUGCUGGAGGAGGUUGUAUACGGAUGCUACACUCUGGAGAGUCUUGAACACUACCGAAGGGCGAGUCAAGCAAGCAUGCAGAGAUGGAGACUGGAUUGAUGAGGCCGUCAGACUGCUCGACAUGACGCUUAUCCUGACCGCGGCACCAAGAAGGGAGGAACUUGCAGAGCUGUGGUUUGCUGCGCUGGAAGAGGAGCUGUCUGCUCGUGCGUCUACAGGUCCGGCACCUGAACCCUUGGAGCGCCCAGCGAAGAAGCUGAAGCUUGACAACGUCACUUCGAUACCGUCAACCUUUCCCACUGUAGCUGACGAGUCCCUACCCACGUUGCGUCAACCCAUUCCUCGAUAUGACAAUAUGAGUCUGGCCCCUUUCCAAAAGAAGCUGUCAUCUCCUGCGACACAUACACCUCUCAUCGUUGAGAACGCAAUACAGCACUGGCCCGCGUUGGCAGAGCGGCCAUGGAACGAUCCAAACUAUCUGCUGAAACGGACGCUCGGCGGCAGGCGAGUUGUCCCCAUAGAGACAGGGCGGAGCUAUACAGACUCAGGCUGGGGUCAAAAGAUCUCCACAUUCAGAGACUUCAUGUCGACAUACAUGCUCAACUCCGUCUCAAGCGAGCUUCAACGCGACAAGCACCAGACAGGCUACCUAGCCCAACACGACCUCUUCGCUCAAAUCCCGUCUCUACGCGCCGACAUCUCGAUCCCAGACUUCUGCUACUGCGACCCUGCGCCGAAUCCCCUCCCACACAUCAAAGCGACGCCGAAGCUCGAGGACCCGCUUCUGAAUGCGUGGUUUGGUCCUAAGGGAACGAUAUCGCCGUUGCAUACAGAUCCGUAUCAUAAUAUAUUGGCGCAGGUGGUGGGGUAUAAGUAUGUCAGGCUGUAUGCGCCUGAUCAGACAGAGUGGCUGUAUCCGAGGAGUGUGGAUGAGAGUGGUGUGGAUAUGAGUAAUACGAGUUUGGUGGAUUUGGAUGAGGCUAUGGAGGUGUUCCCUGAGAUUGGAGUCGUGAAGAAUGAAGGAGGCGUAGCCACAGAUGCUGGAGGGCAAAACUUACAACGGAUGAGGGAAGACCUCGAGGAACAAUUCCCUGGCUUCGGACAAGCGAAGUAUGUCGAGGGUGUGUUGGGACCUGGUGAAUGCUUGUACCUCCCGCCGGGCUGGUGGCAUUAUGUCAAGAGCUUGAGCCCGAGCUUCAGUGUGAGCUUUUGGUUCAAUUGAGUAUUAUCUGCACUGUCUUCCUACAGCCUGAUGGUCAAGCUCUCUUGCGGAUCAGGCCCCCAGACAUAGUGGGGUUAACGGUCUUGUGCUGUUAGCGCUGAGAGGGGUACCAUCGAACAAACAUAAGAAGGGAUUCAGAAGCUUUGAUAUCUUUUCACGGGUGCAGAACUUCACUUUGUUCUCUUCAAUCCUCAUACGUACUUUGACAACCUCGAGCACCAUGUCUGCUACUGCCGAGCAACAGAUCAUUUUAGUAACAGGUAAC